AUGGUUGGACAAGCAUAUCAUGACGGGGUCGAAUUGACACAACGCAUUAAAGCGAAAAGAAAGGGAAGAAAGGGCGUAACAGAAGGCUCUCAAGCAGACGAAAGCUUACAAGAACUGGAGCUAUCUCUCAUUAGGGGGAGGACGUCGUCUCAUCGCAGUAUGAGCGGGACUUCAGACGCUUUGGCGAUUCAGUUGCAAGUGGUGACCGUUCAGUUGGCCCGAGAUGCCUUGAAAGAUAUCAACAUUCACUUGCAACAGCAAGUAAUCUCGAAUCUCAAAUUGCAUGUUCAACAAGGUACUCCUGUUGAUUUCGCGGCUCUGCAGGAUGUAUCAGACUCUGCUCAGGAUCGGUGCACCCUGAUAUUGAUGCAGCUGCAGCAGCGCAUAAUUACAGCUGGUCCGAUAGAGAACAUUACACCACCUCCACUAAAUAUCCAGAGCAGUCAUAAUCAAAGGCCGCUUCCUGUAGCACCACCAUCGGAGUCUUCUAUAUCGAGCUUUUACAAGGCGCCCUCCUCAGAGAAUGCCCCGACGCCAGAUACAAACCGGGGCUACUCUUUUCCAGCUCACCCAUCGCGGAUGGGAAAUGGUCCGCCAACACCGCCCCACUCACCCCAUCCACAGUCCGGAGGCCACAAUACCGGAAAGUCUGCUAAUUUCAACCAGCAUGCCCAACCGAGGGCGUCUGGGGCUAAAGCUCCUCAGCUCCCUCCAGUCACCGGGCACAAGUCUGCUAGCCAAAACGUAUCGAUUGGCAGUGUUGCUGCGGCUCGUCAGGCGUUGAGCGUACAGAAAGCUUCAAACCUUUAUGGGACCCCUGAUUCGGCUUCGCAAGGUCUUACAUCUCCGUACUCGCUGAACCAGCCCAAUGCUCAAAAUUUGCAAUCGCCAGCGAUCAGUCCCGCACCCACACCCUUUCAUGUCCGGGAUGGCUCCAAAGGAUCCGUCGAUUCCGUUAGAGCUCCCAGCGAAUCAAGCUCCACCGAAAGCCAGUAUAAGCCCCUAGCGACAACCACGGAAAAAGUAGGCUUCUUUGGCAUCCGCAAGAAAAAAGUCGAAAAAGUGCCGGAGGUAAAAGAAAACCCCCUAGUUGAUCAGUACUUAGCCGAAGCCAAAGUGGAAGAAGACAGAGCUUCUCAAGCUGGGUCCAUACGUAGGGGCUCAAUGACAAACACCUUAGGCUCUACACGUGACCUCAACAGUACCCUACAAACCUUUCCAUGGGAACAACACGACGAGGACAAUGUAAGCAUUCUCACGACAGCUACCACAGCCAGCAAUCCCAACCAACCCCGUAAAACGACAGAUCAGGCCAAGCGCUCCGACGAUUCGCUCAUCCGCGCCCAAAAGAAUAAAUCCAAGCCGGCAAGAGCGCACAUCGAAGUCCUAGCCUCGAACCGUCCACUGGCCUCCAUCAACCCCAAAGAUCUGCUUCCAAACGAGACGAACAACUAUGCUGGCUUCUGCAAGGGUGCCUGGCGGCAACAAAUCGGUGACCGCAAGAAGGCCAUGGAAGACCGCGUGCGCCCUGGUUCUAUGUACAACACCACAAAAUUCUGGCAGUGUCGUUCCUGCAAAUUCGAAGGACGAUUCGUUCCCACACCAAACAAGAAGGUGCCAGCGUUUGAUAGGCGGGUGGCGAGGGUGGCGGAGGGAAUACAAUUCAGGUGGGAGUUUUUAUUCAAGAGUCAUAUCUGUGCGAAAGAGGCAGUUGGAGAUUCUUCCAAGGGGACAUUUGGGUGCAUUUUCUGCUGUGCUGAGGGAAAGGGGACGUACGUUUUUGAGGGGGUAAUGGCGUUGAUGAGGCAUUUGGAUGAGCAUAGGGAGCGCUUGCCUACGGGGGAGGUGCUUUACAGGAUGAAUUGUUUGGUGGGACGGCAGGCAAAGAUGGAUGAGGAUUUUGAUAUUAAUCUUGUCAGUAAGGAGGGCGGCGUUAUCUGA